AUGGACAAACUGACCAUCAUCUCAGGAUGCCUCUUUCUGGCUGCCGACAUCUUCGCCAUCGCCAGCCUGGCGAACCCGGACUGGAUCAACACCGGCGAGUCCGCGGGUGCUCUCACAGUUGGCCUUGUGCGACAGUGUCAAACCAUCCAUGGACGUGACAGGACCUGUAUUCCUCCACGGCUGCCUCCUGAGUGGGUCACUACGUUAUUUUUCAUCAUUAUGGGAAUCAUUUCACUAACUGUCACAUGUGGUUUGCUGGUGGCUUCCCACUGGCGAAGAGAAGCUACUAAAUAUGCCCGCUGGAUAGCUUUCACUGGAAUGAUUCUAUUCUGUAUGGCAGCCCUAAUAUUUCCAAUAGGAUUUUACAUCAAUGAAGUUGGAGGUCAACCAUAUAAAUUACCCAAUAACACAGUGGUUGGGUCUUCAUAUGUACUGUUUGUCUUAUCCAUUUUCUUUACAAUAGUGGGACUUCUAUUUGCUGGCAAAGUUUGUUUACCUGGCUGA